AUGGAGGAACAACCACGUUUCUCCAUUCACGAAGCCCUCGCCGACGACGGCGCCGUCACGAGGGAGGAGUUCCGUGAGACGGUGAUCAAGGCCCUCAAGGACUGCAGAUUCUACGGUCCCGGCGGCUACGGCUUGCCUGGCAACGCCAUCAAGUUGAGCGUGUUGGGGCUGUGGAAACAGCAUUUUGCUCUCGAGGAGAACAUGCGGGACAUGGUCUGCCCUUAUGUCAUGCCGGAUGGGGUGAAAGAGACGGUUCCCAUGGUGAAAGAUGAGGAAACUGGGGUCUGCUAUCGAGCCGACCAUCUGCUCAAAGAUUUUUGCAAUGAGAUCCUCCAAAAGGAUUUGAACAUCUGUGCCGACAAGGCUGUCGAGCUAAAGCAUGUUCUUGCGACUGUGGAUGAUCUCUCUGCUGAUGAAUUGGGUGCCAAGAUAAAAGAAUAUGGCAUCACUGCUCCUGUCACCAGAAACCCUCUCUCCGAUGCUUGUCUGUUCACGAGGAAGAUAAAAAUGUCCAAACACCUGGUGCCGCCUUUCCUCGAUGAACUGUACAUACGACCUGAACCACUAGACGCCGGCUAUGAAUACCUCGAGCCCCUGCUGCAUAACAGCAAGGAUCUUCCCGUUGCCACCGCUCAUAUCCGUCCGGCUUACAGGGAAAAGAUCGAUCCUCGCAAGGAACGUCUGACCGUUCAUCAGUUCACUGUCGCUGAGAUCCAGCAUUUUGUCGAUCCGGAAGACAAAACCCAUGGUAAGUUUUCUGCAGUUGCAGAUGUGGAAACUUUUAUGCUCUCAAGGGAACGAAAGAUUUCUCACCAAUCUGCGAUUAGAAGACGGCUUGGUGAAGCAGUUUCAGAGGGAACUGUUAACAAUGAGAAUCUCGGCUACUUCAUUGGAAGAGUCUCUUUAUUUUUAACUCAACUUGGCAUAGGCGAGGCACACGUGCGGUUUAGGCAGCGUUACGGCAACGAAUUGGCUCCCCAUGCAGCAGAUUGUUGGACUGCUGAGAUUGAGUGUUCCUAUGGAUGGGUUCAGUGUGCUGAUAUUGCAGAUAGGUCGGCAUAUGAUUUACGAACACAUACGGAGAAAAUUGGAGUGUCUCUUGUUUCCCAUGAAGAAUUUGCUGAACCCAGAGAAGUGGAGAAACUGUUAAUUGUUCCAAACGAGAAGAAAAUAGGUCUUGCCUGUGAGGGGAAUGAAAAGAUGGUGGUUGAAUCGCUCUUGGCAAUGAGUGAAGAGGAAGCUUUGCAGAUGAAGGCUGCUUUAGCAUCCAAAGGAAAGGUUGCAUUUACUCUGCGCAUAAUGGGGAGGAGGGCAACAAUCCACGAUGACAUGGUCGAAAUUUCUACGAAGAGGAUGAGGGAACAUCAGAGGGUUUUCACACCAUCUGUUAUUGAACUGUCUUUUGGCAUUGAACGCAUAAUGCACUGCCUUUUUGAGCAUUCUUUCUAUACAAGGCCCGGCCAAGCGGGGAAUGAACAAGUAAAUGUGUUCCGCUUCCCUCUACUUGUAGCGCCUUUGGAAUGUGCAGUUUUCCCACUGAGAAAGGCACCAGAGUAUGAGUCGGUUGUUCAACUUAUUAGCAGAUCACUGACUGCUGCUGGUGUUUCUCACAGGAAUUACAUUGCAGGCAACACCAUAAGGGAGGCAUAUGCGAGAAACGACGAGCUUGGCGUGCCGUUUGCAAUCACUGUCCAUUUGCAAGUUGAUGUGACCAUUCGAGAGAGGGACAGCGAAGAUCAAGUUCGAGUGAGCGUCGGGGAAGCGGCCUCAGUGGUGAAGGAGAUGAUCGAUGGGCACAGGACCUGGUCCGACAUAUGGUCGAGUUUCCCACAUCAUACACCUGCAUCUGCUGAAGAAGAUGAAUAGUCGAGUUGCUGAUAUCAUUGUCUACUUAACUUUAUAUCAGUUAGAAGUUGGAAUCAAACAUCUCGCCCCUUCCUUCGGGGAUAUCCGAGGUUAGCAAACAAAUGGUGUGCUUCUGACUUGUCUUUUGCUGGCUAAACAU